AUGACAUCAUUAUUCCAUUCCAAACUUUCAAAAGACUUUUCUUUUAUUUUAAAUGAUGCUGAUGAUUAUAAUGUUACUAUUAAAGUUGGAGAAAAUGAAAACAUAAAGGAAUUUCGUGCACAUUCAGUAAUUUUACGUGCACGUUCUCCUUAUUUCAAAAGUGCACUUUCAUCUAAUUGGAUUACAAAUCAAAAUAACAUGAUUAUGAUUAAUAAAACAAAUAUUAAACCAAAUGUUUUUGAUUUAAUUUUGAGAUAUAUUUAUGCUGGAGAACUUUAUUUGACUGAACAAUCCGGUGAAGACAUCCUUGAAUUGUUAAUUGCAUCAGAUGAAUUACUAAUGGAAGAAUUAUUUUAUCAUGUGCAAGAUUAUUUAAUUGAAAAUCUAACUAAAUUGGUUCGAAACAAUUUUCCUUAUUAUUUGCAUAUUGCAUUUAAACUUAUCAAUUGCAAGAAAUUACAAAAUUAUAUUCAAGACUAUUUAAUUGAAAGACAAUCUGCUGAAUUGAUUCUAGAAAAUUUUUCUAUUAUUACAAAUAUUGCAUUUAAACUUAAUAAUUUCAAGAAAUUGCAAGAUUACAUUGUUGGAUAUAUCUGUAAUAAUUCAUACUUAUUUUUUUAUACACAUUUAUUUCUCUCUCUUGAUAAAGAUAUUCUUUAUAAAGUACUUGAGAGUGAAGAAUUACAAAUUAGAGAAGUUGUCGCCUGGGAACACUUAAUUAAAUGGGGUAUUAACCAAAUUCCUGGAGAGAAGUGUGAAAUAGACAAAUUGAGUUAUGAGGCUUAUAAAGAAUUAAAGGAAAUAUUAAAUCGAUUUAUUCCUCUCAUUCGAUUUGUGGAAAUUACUUCUGAUGAUUUUAAUGAUAAAAUCAAACCAUAUAAGAUUAUUAUUCCUUAUCAAAUUUAUGAAGAAAUUGAAGACUUUUAUAAUAAGGGUAUCUUUCCAAAAAUAACAUUACCACCUAGAAUAAGAAAAAUUGAUUCAAAAAUUAUCAAACUAAAUCUUGUAAAAAUAAUUCUUAAUUGGAUUAAUAAAGAAGAUUUCAGGAUUUCACUUUAUGACUUCAAUCUUAUUUAUCGUGGUAGUAUUGAUGGUAUGAAAGAUGAUCAAUUUAAAAAUAUUUGUAAGGGUGAAGUAAAAAGUUUAGUUUUAAUUAAAGUUAAACAUACAAAUGAGAUCUUUGGUGGAUAUAGUUCUAUUGGAUUUAACUCAAUUGGAGAUAGACUUUUACGUGAUGAAUAUAAUGUACAUGAUCGAUUUUAUUAUUCAUCAGAUAACUUUAUUUUUUCAUUUACAAAUGAUGAAGAUACUCAAAAUAUGAAAAUAAGUCGUGUGAUAAAUUAUGAUAAAGCUAUUCGUAUUUGUAGUCACUAUGGAUUUAGUUUUGGUAAAAAUUCAUUGAAUAUGUGUGGUAAUAUGUUGUUGGUUGAUAAUGCUAACGAUAUUUAUGAAGAUAAUGUAAAUACAAAUUCAGAAUACUAUAUUGAAGAAAUUGAGACAUUCGUUGUAACUAAACAAUAG